CUGCGCUGACUCGUGAUGGCUUUCAGUUGUUCACAUGGAGCCAAGUUAGAAUGGAUGUAUGUCGGGGUCGUCUCACAUUCUCCUUCCGUGAGCUAAGAAACUAUGAAAAAAGAUUAUUUGUGUAGCUGCCAUCGGAGUGCAGAAGACUUAUCCUAAACGAUCUGAGAUGAAGAAGGACAUUGACACAUUAAUAGCUGAAGAACGAGCUGAGAUCAUCUCAAAAUAUGACAAGGGCAGAGUGGAGGGCGUCCACAUUAACUCCUGGGAGGAUGCCAACUACAGCGUCUACAAGGUCAUGGACCGCUUUGGCUUCCUGCAUGAGGAGGAGUUACCCACACCGAGUGCAGUGGAGGAGAAGCAUAAAAAUCAGGAGAUGGAAAGGGUGGAGAAAUGGCUUAAGAUGGUGAAAAACUGGAACAGGUACCAUAACAGUGAGAAGAUGAUCAAGCGAGUUUAUAAGGGGAUUCCCCUGCAGCUGCGUGGCCAGGCCUGGGCUCUCCUGCUGGAUCUGGAGAAGGUGAAGCAGCAAAAUGAGGGGAAGUAUGAGAAAAUGAAGGAACAAGCCAGGAACUUCUCCACAGAAAUCAAGCAGAUAGACCUGGAUGUCAACAGGACUUUUAGGAAUCACGUAAUGUUCAUGGACCGAUUCGGAGUCAAACAACAAGCCCUGUUCCAUGUGCUGGCAGCGUACUCGGUCUACAACACGGAGGUGAGCUACUGCCAGGGCAUGAGCCAGAUCGCCGCCAUUUUGCUGAUGUUCAUGAAUGAGGAGGAUGCAUUCUGGGCACUGUCUCAGCUUCUCACCAACAAGAAGCAUGCUAUGCAUGGAUUCUUUAUCCCUGGCUUCCCCAAACUGCAUCGCUUCCAGACUCAUCAUGACCAGAUCCUGGCUAAACUCCUUCCAAAGCUCAAGAAGCACUUGGAUAAGGAGCAGAUGACUACUGGUAUAUACACAACCAAAUGGUUCCUGCAGUGUUUUAUCGACAGGACGCCAUUCACAUUGACCCUGCGCCUUUGGGACAUUUAUAUACUUGAUGGAGAGAAGAUUUUACCUGCCAUGGCCUACACAACUCUUAGAAUUCAUAAAAAGCGUCUGUUGAAGAUGCCUUUGGAGGAACUGCGAGAGUUUCUGCAGGAAAACAUCUCCUCCUCCUUCCAGUCAGGCGAUGAUGCUGUUAUAGAGCAGCUGCAGGCCGCCAUGGCCGAGCUACGGAAAAUGAAGCUGGAUCUUCCUCCUGCACCCAAAGGUGAUGAGCUUCCAAAGAAGCCUCUGGGGGUAGAGCGUCCAAUUGUGCUAACCCCAAUAACCUCUGUUCAGCCAGCCAAAGAUUCUGACCAGCUCUCGGCUCAUACUCACACAAAUGACCCCAUUACAAAGAAUCAGCCCCCUCCUGUUCCUCCAGUAAAAUCAGUAUCUCUGUUCACCCAGGCACACUGCCCAGAACUCCAAAUCACAUACUCACAGCCUGAGACAGAAAUCUCAGAGACUGGUGCUGCAGAGGAAAGUCUAGUUUCCUCUUCUGCGUGCAAUUCUCUGUCUCCGGAGAGCAGAGAAACCCUUUCCCGGGCAGAUUCGAGUGAAUGGCCUCCACCAUACCUACCCUCCGAGGCUGAUUUAUACAGUGUUGACUCUCUGAAUCUCCCUGAACUGCCUCCACCUCCUCUGCCCUGCCUCGACCCAGAGUCUGGGGUUUACCUUUCACCCUCAGGGGACUCGCUUCCACCAGCACCAAUCCAACAGGAACUGUCUACAUCACCAUCCUCCUACAGAGCACAGCGACAGUUCGGCAAGUUCCCUGUCAAUUUUUACAUCCCAGCAUCCCCGGGAGCUCGAAGGCCCUCAGAACAGUCUCACUAUGACAAUCUGUCUGAAGAAGAAGAGCAGCCUGGAGAGAAGAUUCCAGAAAUCCGGGAGAACUUGGGCCUCUCUUCUUCUCAGCCCUGGCCUUCACCACCCAGCUUCUUUUACAUUCCCGAAUCGGCUCCAGCUCCACCGCUAAAGCCCUCCUCAGAAUACACUGACACUGGUAGCUUCGCAACAUCAACCUGCACCUUCAUUCAACCUCGACCCCAGUUUGAUGGCCCGCCAUCCACUGUUUCCUCUCCCCUGCUCUCUUUUGCAGUUGUCCAGUCUGCGCAGAACCAGAACAUUACCUACAGGAAUCAACUGCAGGGUCCCAGACUGCCAGUAAAACCUGCAGGACUUUCCUCCGGACCCACAGCAGCGUGUGCUGACUUUAACCGGAUGCAUGUCCCGACUUGCCAGCCACCAAAGCCAGUGACCUUCUAGCACAGGAAACUGUGCACUCUCCUUUGUGCCAUUGCAAUAAAAAAAAGAACAAAAGAGGCCGUGUUGUGUCAGUGAUGGUUAGGAUUUUCCCAAAGUCAAGCCCUUUUUUAAAUUCUCAUGUCUUAGGGUCUUAAGGCCUCUCAAGGCCUUAAGGUACUCAGAAUUUUGUGACUCAUUUUAUAUUUAGUAAUAUGUAAUGUAGCAUGUUUUGCUUCAUUAGUGGAAACGAUGGUGUGUGUGUGUAUAUAUGUAUGUGCGUGACUGCAUUUAUGUGUAUGCAUGUGUGUGUGUGUUUGCAUUAGGCGCAGCAGUUAUAUUCUUGUUCUUGUAUUGGUUUUGUGUUUUUUUUAUAGUAAGUCAGUAUUAAAACUCUGAUUUGUUUUAUUUGUUUACAAUCCAAGGUAAACUAUAUUAUUAGAAGGGUGCCAUUUAAUUUGUGCAUACUGUGAGCAUACACAGUAACACAUUCACAAUAAUCCCAAAGGUAUCUUGCUUUUUUUUUUUCCUCAUAAAAAUGGCUUACAAGUAUUUUGAAUGUGUACAUGGGCUGUUUAGGCAGCUUUUGGUCUUACUUUUAUGCACAACAUGUCAAAGUUUAAAACACCGUACCUUACUGUAUAAAAAAGAACGAGAUCUGUAUAAUCAGGGCUACUGUGAGAAACUGAAGAUUUUAGGGUUACUCCUCUGUGGUGUGAUGGAACGCUCAUGGAGAUGGCAUGUUGCUCUGGAUGAGCCUGAAAUCGAUCUUUUUUUUCUUCUUCAUUUUUUGGCACAAAAUCACCCAGCCUUACCUGAAAUGGAUCAUUAUUUUGCACAUGACUGAUCAAUAGCGCCAUCCUGUGGAAGACACUCAGUUUUCUUCAGGGAAGAUAAUCUUACUUUAAAGUGCAGUGGAACAGAGACAGCACCAGCACUUAGAUGCCAAGAUACUUUUUCUUUUCUUUUUUUUUCUUCUUUUUUUUUUUUUAACUUUACUGAUCUGAAUCCUGGAGUCAGUGAUGUCUGGGUUGCUGCAGAAAAUAUAACAAUACUCUUUCAGUCUGUACAAGUAUGUUUCAGAGAAUUAUGUUCCCGUUUGCUGGCAAAAGGAAUGUCAAGAAGUGGAAUUUCUUUUGCACGGUUUCUUUUAUGACAAGAAUUAUUUAAUAUUGUUUGUUUUUUUGUGUACCUCUGGUGUAAAUACUUUCACAACAAACCAAAGAUGGCCUUGUGUUUUGAUUGUGAUGCCGUGCAGAGAGCAAAUGAUUGAAGCUUAAAAAAAAUAAUAACUUAUGUCUCGUCAUUGUUUUGGUGUAAAAAAAAUAAUCCUGAGACUAAAUCCAGAGAGCAUUUCUAUUGUAUUACUGUGUUGGAAGAUGUUUAUUAGCAAUGUGCAUUCAGUACUGCUGUGUGAUUUCUUUCUAAAGCAGAACAACUACAAGAAUGAUACAAUGCAUUACAUCGACACACAAGGAGACACUUAGUAAAGUGCAACAGUCUUAGUCCAAAUUUCCAAAAACUAAUAUUUACCCUACACCCGCUCACUUUAAAUAAAA